ACAAGACGGAUUUCAGUUGUUUCUCCGGUCCACUCGGAUAUGUCACGGUGAACGAACACUAGACGACGGGGCGGUAAUAUCAGACUACCUCUGGGUUCGAAUUAAAGGUGAAAACGGGAGUGAAAAGGGGAGAAAAAAAGCCGGAGAGGAGAGGAGAGGUGUUAUUCUAUACACGCACGCGCACACACACACCAGUGAGGACUACUACACGGCUGUAUGUGGAUUAAUACCUGAACAUUUCAUAGAACUGUUUAAAACAUCUACGCGAGGCGUGUGUGAACGCUUCACUCCAUUAAAAGGGUCUUUAACCGCCGGGACCCGACUCCUUAGAAUGGACAGUGUGCGCACCACAACCACGCCCACUUCCUACCUGUAGAGGAAGUUGCAUCAUCAGCAUGUCCUCUCACCCGCAGCCGGUGCCUCAGGGCCGCAGAGCCCUGGACGCCCGACACCUCCCCAGUCCUGCCGGCCUUCCCCUGCAGCUCGCUCGCACCCAUGCGGAUGUCGGCAUAAUGGACUACCACGCUCGGGACUACGGUUCCCAUCUUCCUCAUGGAGCUCUGGCCCAAUCUCACCGGCGCAGACCGUCGCUGUUAUCAGAGUUUCAGCCCGGGAAUGAAAGAUCUCAAGAAUCCCACAUCCGAUACGAGCACAUCUACAUACCAGAGACCAACAGCCAGUCCGACGUGGAAUAUGGCGAAAUCAAACGGCCCCGUCUGGAGAUUGUGACGGAGUCUGUGAUGCGCCAUCAGCCUCAGCGUCCGUCUCUUUCUCUGGGUGGAACGGACGACGUCUCCAGGGAACGGAGCAGCAGUAGCUCGAUGGGUAAGAUCUCUCCCAUCUCACCUGUAAGUCCUGCAGUGAUGGAGGCGGAUCUGGAACUGAUGCCCACACGCUUCUCCAAAGAGGAGCUCAUUCAGAACAUGGACCGCGUGGACCGUGAGAUCACCAUGGUGGAGCAGCAGAUCUGCAAGCUGAGGAAGAAACAGCAACAGCUGGAGGAAGAAGCAGCAAAGCCGCAGGAGCCGGAGCGCAACAUUUCACCUCCACCCAGUGAAGCCAAACACCGCAGUCUUGUACAGAUCAUCUAUGAUGAGAACCGGAAAAAAGCAGAGGAAGCGCAUCGUAUCCUGGAGGGACUGGGACCCCGCGUGGAACUGCCGCUGUAUAACCAACCAUCUGAUACCAAGCAGUACCAUGAGAACAUUAAAAUAAAUCAGGUGAUGAGGAAGAAGCUCAUUCUGUACUUCAAGAGAAGAAACCACGCUCGCAAACAAUGGGAGCAGAAGUUCUGUCAGCGCUAUGACCAGCUUAUGGAGGCCUGGGAGAAGAAGGUGGAGCGUAUAGAGAACAAUCCUAAGCGUAGAGCCAAAGAGAACAAGGUGCGCGAAUACUACGAGAAGCAGUUUCCUGAGAUCCGCAAGCAGAGAGAGCUGCAGGAGCGCAUGCAGCACCGAGUGGGGCAACGUGGUGGUCUGGCUUCUGCAGCACGGAGUGAACACGAGGUGUCUGAGAUCAUAGACGGCAUUUCUGAACAAGAGAACUCAGAGAAGCAGAUGCGUCAGUUGGCGGUAAUUCCCCCCAUGCUGUUUGAUGCCGAGCAGCAGAGGAUAAAGUUUAUUAACUUGAACGGGCUGAUGGAAGACCCCAUGAAGGUCUAUAAGGACAGACAGGUUAUGAACAUGUGGAGUGACCAGGAGAAGGACACCUUCCGGGAGAAAUUUAUCCAGCACCCGAAGAACUUUGGCCUGAUAGCCUCGUUUCUGGAGAGGAAGACUGUAGCUGAGUGUGUCCUCUUCUACUACCUGACCAAGAAGAACGAGAACUACAAGAACAUCGUCCGUAGAAGCUACCGCCGCAGGGGCCGCAGCCAGCACCAGCACCAGCACCAGCACCACCAGCACCAGCACCACCAGCAGCAACAGCAGCAGCAGCAGCAGCAACAGCAGGUAAACCGGAACAGCCAGGAGGAGAAAGAGGAGAAGGAGAAAGAUGGGGAGAAGGAUGAGGAGAAAGCAGAGGGGGAGGACAAGGAGGACGGCAUGAAAGAUGACACAUCAGGAGAGGACGGUGAAGAUAAAGAUCCUCCGGUAGCAGUUAAAGGUCGCCGCACUGCCAACAGCCGCGGCCAUCGCAAAGGACGAAUCACUCGCUCCAUGGCCAAUGAGCAAGAGGAGAGCAGCUCUCCUCCACUCAGCGGAGAACUGGCAAACCUGGAGAUGAAUGAAAGCUCUCGCUGGACUGAAGAGGAGAUGGAGACAGCUAAGAAAGGACUUCUCCAAUAUGGCCGCAACUGGUCCGCCAUCGCCAAGCUGGUGGGCUCCAAGACCGUCUCCCAGUGCAAGAACUUCUACUUCAACUACAAGAAGAGGCAAAAACUAGAUGAAAUACUGCAGCAGCAUAAAAUGAAAUCGGAGCAGGAGCGUAAGGCCAGGCGUAAGGGUAAAGCACCACAGAACGAGGAGGCCAACGCUCCCUCUGCUGCUGAUGAAGAGGAGAUGGAGGGAUCUGCCGGCAGCUGCAAUGAAGAGGAGGCCCAGGAGGACGGAGAAGGAUGCCCCAACCAGAGCUCGGACACAGAGAGCCUCCCGUCUCCGAAUUCUUCUGAGGGCAGCAAGGCCAAAGAGGUGGUCAGCUCAGCAUGCUUCAAAAAUGCAUCCGAUACCCAACCGGUACCAACCACAUCCACUUCUGAAAAGAACCAGGCCAGCUCAGAGGAAGAGAAACCCUUGGUGGAGCAGAAAGCGGUGAAGCAGGAAGAGCAAGCCGAGGAGAACGAGGUAGCAAAGGAGGUGCAGGCAGAGUCGGAGGUGGAGGAUAAGAAACCCCCAACCCUGGUGGAAGAAGUGAAGAGAGAGGGACGGAAGAGAGAGAGGGAGGCCGGAGGGCGAGACAGCGACUCCAGUGCAACCUGCAGCGCUGAUGAGGUGGAGGAGCCAGACAAUGUAGAGAAGAGCAGGCCGAGUUUGCUGAGUUACGCCCACGAUGGAGUGAUCUCAACUAUGCUGCCAAAACCUCUGGACCUGAAACAGCUCAAACAAAGAGCGGCUGCUAUACCUCCCAUAAUGCCAGAAGUCUAUGCAGCAGGAAGCGGCUUGUUGGGGAAACAGCAGAUGAUGCCCGACGCUCUGGCGCUCUAUCAGCAACAGAUCACUAUGGCACACGAGUCCUCCCAGGGGGCCAAGCAGCAACCUCCACAGCCAAUAAAGUCCCAGCAUUACCACAGUGGUGCUGCAGAGUCCGGUAGCCCACGGCUUCAAGCAAGAACCCCGACUCCCUCUGAAAGAGAAGAUAAGCCCCGGGCUUUCUCUCCUCUUGCUGACCUGAGGAAGACUCCCGGUCCGGAUGAUGUCAGAGCCGUGGGUCUCGGUCGACCUUCGAUGUUGCAGUACCAACUGUCUCCCAGAGACAUGGCCAAAUUAAGUCAAGAACAGCUACUGCACUACAACGCCUCUCUUCAGCAGCAGGAAAGGUUGGCUGGUGUGCGGCCCCUCCACAUCCCUGAACCCCCUCCCCUCAUUUCUUCAACCAAACCUGGUGGCUCCAUCACACAGGGUACUCCAGUGCAGAUGCACAGUCCGGCCCAUGGCUCAGAGCACAGCAAGCUGGCUGCACAGGGAGCUUUGCCUCUGUCCUGGAUGGAGCAGAGAAAGCUCGCUGUAUACCCCAUGAUAAAGCAGGAGCAGCUUUCUCCGCGUGGACCCUCGUCGUCUCAGGCUGAGAAUCUCUCCACACAGACAACAGCUCACGAGAGCCUCACUCCCCGCGGACCCAUGCCGGCUGUACAGGGAGGUAGCAUCACUAAAGGCCUGCCUGGCACACGAGUACACCAGGAACCCUCCAUAUCAUACCGCGGUGGUUCAAUCACUCAGGGCACACCGGCGGACGUUCUCUAUAAGGGUACCAUUACUCGUCUGAUCGCCGAGGACAGUCCCAGCAGGGACAGAGCCAGGGACGAAAACCCACCCAAGGGACAGGUGCUGUACGAGGGCGUCAGUGGACACGUCUUCUCUGUUGACCGCACUCCAAACCCUAAGGAUGAGGGUAAAGAAGUGAUUGGACUGAAACGUUCAUAUGAUGUGAUGGAAGGAAGCAUGUCCCGAGUGUUGCCUUUACGGGACACCUUGUCUGCAGCUGAGGGGCUGAUAGGUCGAGCAAUGCCUCAGGGAAGAGAGAGUCCUCGCCCUCACCAUAUCCGUGGCUCUAUCUCACAGGGUAUCCCACGACACGUUGAGCCCCAGGACGAGUAUCUGAGGAGAGAGGCGAAGCAGAUGAAGCGUGAGAGCUCUCCAUCUCCCCGCGGCCCAGAGCCUAUGAAGGGCCGGCCUCACGAAAGCAUGGUACCGACUGUUAAAGAGGGCGGUCGCUCCAUCCACCUCAUACCACCUGAGGCCGUCCUGGUGAGCAAAGCACCCAAAGAGGGCUCCAUCACACAGGGCACGCCUCUCAAACAGGAUCCCGCUGGUUCCUCAAAGCGCCACGACGUGCGUUCUAUCAUAUCAAACUCCCCUAGGCCGUACCCUGGUCUCCCGCCUCACAUGGAACGGGGCCACUAUGACGAGCCGGGCCCUAAAACACGACCCAGUGCCGUGGUCAGCACCUCCAGCUCUCUGGCAGAGCAGGGAGGCAAAAGCCACCACAGCCCGGUGGGUUACGACGAACUCAAGAGAUCUGGAUACCCCGCCCCUUCACACCGAGGAUCACCACUAACCAGCAGAGAUACGCCACAGCGGUCACAUGAAGGUUCUUCAAAAGUCCCCCAACAGGAGAGGAAGUCCACUCCCACUCCUCGGGAGAUGAGCUCUACCAAGUCUCCGCUGCCUGUUGUGAGUGAUCACGCUGCGUCUUUGGCCUCCUAUGAGAGGUUAUUGCAGGGUCUGGGAGCUGAUAUGUACAGAGGCCAGAUCCCCCUGACAUUUGACCCCUCUGCCCUGCCUCGAGGCAUCCCUCUAGACCCAGCUGCGUACUACCUGCCAAGGCAUCUUGCCCCUGCUCCAGGUUACCCUCACCACUACUCUCACUACCUGAUCCGAGGCUUUCCAGACACGGCGGCCAUCGAAAACAGACACACCCUUUUCACCGAUUACAUCACCUCGCAGCAGAUGCACCAGUGGCCUGCAGCCGCCAUCGCACAGAGACCGGAUCUGAUGAGAGGACCACGAGAUCCACCACUCACCUUAUCCUAUUCACCUUCUGCUAGAGGAGCAUCUGCAUCUCCAAUGGACCGCAUCACCUACAUCCCAGGAACCUCCACUGCUUUCCCCAGCCGAGCUUACACUACGCCCCCCAUCUCACCAGUUGGCAGCUCUCACAUGAGCAAGCUUCAGGGCACGCCUACAUCAUCCGAGCGAGAGCGCGAACGGGAGAGGGAGCGUGAACGAGAGCGCGAAAGAGACCGGGAGAGGGAGAGAGAUCGAGAGCGGGAACGGGAAAGAGAGCGGGAGCGAGAGCGGGAUAGAGAAAGAGAACGGGAGCGAGAGAGGGAGAGAGAGCGGGAUCGAGACCGAGAGAGGGAGAAAGCCGUCAUACACGGCAAUGUGGAACAUGCCCCAAUAUGGAGACCGGGAGCUGCAGAGCAGCCAGGCGGCAGCAUAUCCACCUCGCGUCCUCCCUCUCUACCUUACAGUCACCAGACCUCCUCGCUCAGCCCUCGGCCCCAAGAAAGCCUGCAGCAAAGACCCAGUGUGCUGCACAACACCAACUCCAAGAACCUGCAAAGCUCAGAGCACAGUAGCUCCUCUGUACUGCGGUCUGUGCCACAAGCCUCCCCACGCUACCAGAAUUACAGUGGGCACAUGCAAAGAACCAACGAGGCAUAUCCAGACUCGACCGGGGCCAAAGAUCUGAGCCGUGAGGGUAGUAAGAGUCGAGGAGGUCUGCCCAAACACCAAGAGUCCAAAUCUGACUCCAAGAUGUCCAGCCCCAGUGGCGGGGGUAUUUAUGCCUCACACUUCGCCCAGGCUGCCAGCGCCCACCUGGGGCUCAACACAAGCCGUGGAUUUCCUGUUCUGUCUUCAGAGUCGGGUAGAGAAAAGUCUCAGAACAAGCCGAUUUCCAUCCAGGACCACGAGCUCUGCACACUCGCUCAGCAGAAAGUUCUGGAAGAGCACAUUGUAUUUGGAGGAGCAGAGGAGAGAAUGUCCCCCAGCCAGCAGCCCCCCUCCCCUGCUGUUAAAAGCACUCAGAGAGUGGUGACCCUCGCCCAGCACAUCAGUGAGGUGAUUAAGAAAGAUUACAUGCGUCAGACGCAGCAGGGGCAGGUAGGAGGCCAGCCUAUGUUUGGCUACUCCGGUACACCUGUGUUGGACCUCACUCGCCCUCCCAGCGCCCCCCAAACACCUUCAGACUCAAGUUCCAACUCCCGCUUCACCCCUGAGGGCUCCGGCUCUGACAGAGACAGAAUGAGAGACAGGUCUCCUCCUCAGAGCAAGGUGUCCCCAGUGAGUCUACCUUCUGAAGGCAUUGAUCCAGGGUCUCCAGCAGGGGGUGCCUCUGAGCCAGACUCCCAGGGAGCAGCUUGUCCCAGCGAACAAGCCGAGCAGGGAAUGGGAUCUCGUUCUCCUACUAGCAGUGUUCAACCACCAGCCUUUUUCAGCAAACUCACCGAGAACAACUCAGCCAUCGUCAAGAGCAAGAAGGAAAUGAUCAAGAAGAUGGUGGUCGGCAGUGACAACGAAUUUAACACUGGGCAGCCUGGGACGGAGAUCUUCAACAUGCCUGCCUCUGCUACAGCAGGCGUAGUGAGCAUGCGUAGCCACCAACCUCCCGAUACCAGCGGCAACACCAUCGGUCUGGAAGCCAUCAUCCGCAAAGCUCUGAUGGGAAAAUAUGACGACCAAGCAGAUGAGCGCUCGCCCUCCAACUCUCUCACCCCACUGAACACCGGGGGACCUUCUGCUGCUGAUCCACGCUCUGAGGAGUCCUACUCACUGCCUGGUAAAUCAAAGAGCAGUGGACGCUCCAACGGGCGUAAGACCAAGUCUCCUGCUCCUGGAAUGUCUGGAGGUGAAAGACCAUCCUCGGUGUCUUCCGUUCACUCUGAGGGAGACUGCAACCGCCGCACACCUCUCACCAACAGAGUGUGGGAGGACCGACCCUCGUCUACAGGCCCCACCCCGUAUCCCUGUAACCCCUUCACCAUGAUGUGCUUGCCUGGUGCAGUGAUGCCCGGCCCCUCCCCGUCACCCACCCAGCCCGCAGCAGGACCUCCACAGUCUCAGAACCGCACCUGGGAAAAGGAACCCAAACCUCUGCUCUUGUCUCAGUACGAUUCAGUGUCAGACAGCGAGUGAACACACACACACACACACACACACACACAGACGUCUGUACACUCAACCUUUUAUCCACACACACAGAAAUAACACAAUGUCACUGAUAUUAGGGGUGGGUGAUAUGAAAAAGUAGUUUCAAGGCGCUUUCUCUGUGAACCACACCCACUGCAUCUCUGACCAGGAUAAAACGGUUAGCUUUACCAUUAAGAGUAAAGCAGUAUAACAUAUAGUGUAAUAUAAAUCCGAGAUCUAAGAUUAGAACUUGUACAGUUGAAAAACAGGCGUCAGCUUCACGUGUCUUAGAGGAAGCACGUGCUACCCUCCCAGAGGUCACAUGACACUCAGCUAGGAGGUGGAAAGCAUCAAAAUAAGAACAAAAAUAAAGAAAACUGCAGUAUUGAUCAUAUCGUCGUAUCACCCAGCCCUAACGGAGUUCAAACUGUAAUAGAGCAGAUAAUGAUUUGAAAGUAAUAUGCAUAUUAAUAUAACGAAUGCACCUCAUACACGCACAUACCUCCAGAUACACACACACACACACACACACACACAUACACAAAACAAACGGACCCCUGUGCGUGUGCAGUGAGGGAACAGAGUUCCACUGCUGCUGCUAAGUGUAUUCAGUAUAUGUGUGUGUGUGUGUGUGUGUGCACGCCAACGUUAGCGUCUGCAUCACUUCAAGACUGCACAUAGGACAAAUCACUCGACUUUUUUUUUCGUUCUGCUUCUGGCCUUAUUGGAUUGGACUUGCGUCGUGUGAACAAGAGACAGAGACCUUCUCUUCAUCAUACUGCUCAGGAUCCUCAUAUCGUCAGCUCUCUGGACAGUAUUCACCUCCUGCUGAUUAGUUUUCCUUAUACACAUGCAAGCAUCAACACACUCACUGUAUUCCACACUGGGACAAUCCUGAUUUUAUGUGGUAGAGGAGGAGGAGAAAAGAAUGAAAUGUACACGGUUUUCCUCUCACUCCGGUAGUCAGAAGCCAUGUUUUGUGUUCGAAGUCGCUUCUGUAGGUUUACAUUGAAGAUACAUGAUGAAAUGACGACCUGUCCGGGCUGUGUUACUGCAUUGUGCCCAGUUUCACAGCGACACCGAACAGGAUGAAGCGGUGGUUUUAAGUGGGCAGAUUUUAUUUAAUAGAAGGGUUCUUCAAAAAGUUUCCGCACUUUUAAAACUCUUUUAUUAAGAAUUUCAAAAACAAAUAAUCACUUUUCUACAUAAUCACCUUCCCAUGUAUUUUGUCCUCAGUGUAUUUUGUCCUUUUUAAUGUCAUCCGCAAAUAAUAUUUUUGGUUGAGCAUGUAGCCACUGAUGCAGCGCUGCUUUCACAUUAUCAUCAUCACAUGAAAAUCUUCUUCCCCGUAAAGCUUCUUUAAGUGUCCAAAAAGGUGGAAAUCAGAAGGAGCUAAAUCCGGACUAUAAGCGUCUCUCAGACACGACCGAUUACUGCUCCUUCCUCCCUCACCACUUCCAACUUAAAUAUAAAAGUGCGGAAACUUUUUGAAGAUCCCUCGCACCACUUUGCUUCCUCGAGUCAUUUAGAUCCAGUGCAGAACUUGGCUGAUUAACUACGUUUGCCCACGUCGAGGGCAGAAUCGUGUACAUUUCAGCUUCACUGAACCAUCCACAUCAGUCUUAGCUGCUGGUGACGUUGCUCAUUGCUUCGCACCCAAAUCUGGUCAGUACAGAUUUACAGAUUCACCACUUCAGCUUGUGAGGCACAUUUUCAGGUCAAGCAGACCGGGAGUGGGGGUGUAUGUGUGUGCUUUAGUUUAUUUUUUUUUUUUGGGGUAAUCUUUUCUAAAGUGUUCAGUACGGUUCGGUCCGGUUCUUCAGAAAUGUCAUUGAGUUUUUCUCUAAUUUGCUACCUUGUAUUUGGGGGGAUGUAAGAUAGAUGGCGUGGGGGGGGGGGGUCACUGGUUUACAGGGUACUUACUGCACUUAUAUUCGAUGUAAUUACAUCUCUGUGCAACAGUGGAGAUUUAAAUUCACCUCUAGUCGACAUUUUAGUUCUUUCACAAACGCUGAGACAGUUUUCACUUUUUUUCCUACGAUCCAUGUUUGUAUACCGUGUUCUUUCUCUUCUGAAUGAUUUAUUAAGCACUUGGUUUAUUAAGUGACGGUUCUCAUUCUCAUCUACUAUAGAUGUUAGGUUAGGAUUUUUUGUUAUACAGUAUUGUGUUGUAUUUUUUUAACAUUUUUAUUAUUUUUUUGAGUUUGUAAAGAAGAAAACGUCCAAUGCUCCAGCGACAAUCACAGUAGAGAAGAGUGCUGAGCUGAGCAUGUGGAUGGCAAGCUGCUUUUCCCACACACACACACACACACACACACACACACACACACACACGGCUGUUUUGAUUGAAGAGACUGAUGGAGAAUCAGCCAAAUCAAAGCCAUUUCCUGGGAAAAAUAAAAAACGACGACUGCUUUCUCUUCUCUGUGGUUAAAAAUGGACCGAUUACUCAAGGACGUUAUUGCAAAUCGGUUCAUCUGUGUAAAUCUGAGUAUGAAAACUGGACUGGGACAAACUCAACACCUCGUACAUAACCUGUAUCCUCUUUGUGUAAAUUCAUUUUGGUGUUAAGUGCCAUUUAUUUGACAUGUACAUUACUGAAGUCCAACUACCAAGUGACUACGCACAAUGUUUUUGGGGGAGGUCCGGGAGGGAGGGGUGGACUUUGUUUUUAAACUGCUUAAACAAGCGCGUGUGUGUCGUGGUCGUUUCACACACUGCUCAGAGCGGUGGAUUUUACAAAUCCUCACACUAAUGUGUCUCCAGAAUCAGUGUCACAUCGACGCUGGUAGUUAUUAUUACUCUGCAUGUGCUUUAAAUAUAACAAAUUCUUUUAUUAUUUGCUACAUUUUUUUUUCAUACAUCCCUCCUGAAAAUAAAAUUUUAUGAAUCUA